UUGGGCUUUUGGGCACACGUACACUUAUAGUAAGGAUCCUACGCACAGUUUUAUAAAUGAGACCCCUGGAUGUUUUCCCACAUUUUCUCGAUACACCUGGCUUGAUUGACCACGACUUCACCGUAAUGUUUAGAGAGGAGGUUUCUGAUAGAUUUUGGCAAAAUGGCCCACAAACUUCAAACCCAGGAUCCUGGCAGACUGCAAGAAUACUAAUGAGCAUGUUGAAGACCUCUUGUCUGGGCAUCAAUCCUCAGAUGAGUCUGGCUGGGACAGUGACCUGUCAAGCAUCCUACUGCUGGUUCAUCUACUUCCCCCAUAAUGCUAAAGGACCCAAGAAGAGUCCUAAAAUUAGCUCACAUCAUGCAGUCAAACAUGUUGGGAGAUAUUCGAGGAUUGGCGCCAGUGUCGAGACCUUCCUUGAGAGUUUGGAACCACGACAGCCCAUCCUCCUGUGUGUCGGUGAACAGAAGAACAACCUCCAAAGAUUUUAUAUCAUCGUUGACCACAAGGCCAUCCCUGGCAAGGCUCAGACAUCCCUGGCAGCUUUCGAUGAACUCUUCAAGGCCCACUUCAUCUUCAGUGUGAACUACCAAGAAUCCCUUCACAGCUUCUACACAUUCAUCCAGACCACUGUGUUCAACAUUGGUGUGGGAAGUACCGAGGAAAGUCCCCGUGUGAAGGAGCUCAGAGCUAGACUGCUGAACACAAGUAUCUGAGGUGACACACAUCCUUGGACGCAAAUAUGUUGAUUUGUUUUAUCUGCAAGUUGCACCACAGAAGUUCUGCGUUGCUUUGUCAGCAUUUGAGAGUUUACCACGGUUUAUAUCCGGGAAAGACAUUACGUUUGAAAUGUGGACAGCCGGGAUGUUCUUCAUUCUUUGGCACUUAUUCAGGGUUUAAGAAACGCCUUAUUCGUUUGCACCGGGACACUGUUUCAACAAAUACUGUUUACAAUAUGGACAAUCAAAUAAUAGAUGAGCCUUCAACUUCAAAUGCAGCCUUUACUGACAUUCCAGUAACCACCAAGGUCUCUGUUGACAAGCAUCAUUUGGUAAACGUGUGGUUCUGUUGUAGCACAGUUGCAAUCAUCAGGUGUUGCUGAGAGCACUAUCCAAGCAAUGGUAGGGUCAAUGGCAGAGCUUGUAAAUGAUAUUCACAGUCAAGCGAGAGACGCAGUUCUCAACUGUACUUCAGAGAUUCAAGGAACAGACUUUGAAAAAAAGCUAGACAGUUGUUUUGAACCACUACAAAAUCCUUUCUCAGUCUUAAAUACAGGAGCCAAACGACAGAAGUCCUUCAAGGAAAAGUGGGAACUAGUUGAGCCUGUUGAGCAUGUUCCUGGGGUGCGAUUUGAUGUACGUAGAGAUGGAACAACAGGAGUUUACAAUCAGAUCCCUGUAACAGAGAAGUUUGUGUAUGUACCCAUCUUAGGAACCCUGAAGUCUACGCUCAAAAAUAGUGAAAUAUGUGAAAGUUUCCUGCAGGCCAAACAAGAGGAACAAGGUUAUUUUUUUUUUAUGAUCAAUUUUUUUUAUUGUUUUUAUAUUUUUUAACAUACAGAACAGACA